GCCGAGGAGGCAGCAUCAUGGCGGCUUCCACUCUGAGCGUGCAGGGUGCUCUGCGGAGAGCGAUGGUCCCGUCUUUGGUGGUGAUUUUAGGAGCUACCGGGACCGGCAAGUCUAAGCUGGCGAUCGAGAUCGGAAAACGGCUUCAGGGAGAAAUAAUCAGCGCCGACUCAAUGCAGGUAUACCAGGGCCUGGACAUCAUCACUAACAAGGUGACAACUGAGGAGCAGAUCCAGUGCAGACAUCACAUGAUCGGCUUUGUGGACCCAUUAGUGAGCACCUACACGGUGGUAGACUUCAGGAACAAAGCAGUGGCGCUGAUAGACGACAUGCACAAGAGGAACAAACUGCCAGUCAUUGUUGGAGGAACGAACUAUUACAUUGAGUCUCUGCUGUGGAAAGUCCUGUUGGAUACAGGGCAGGAGACCGAGGAGCCAGGGGACGGAGGAGAUGGGUCUCCAAACAGGAAGCUAGAGCUGGAGAAGCUGGGAGGAGCUGAGUUACAUAAACGACUGGCUGAGGUGGACCCCGAAAUGGCUGCUAUGUUGCACCCAAAUGACAAGCGCAAGAUAGCCAGGAGUCUGCAAAUCCACGAAGAGACAGGGAUUCCACAUAGCCGCUUGCUGGUGGAGCAAAGGGGGCAGGAAGGAGGUGAUGGUCUUGGGGGGCCGCUAAGGUACCCAGACCCCUGCAUCUUCUGGCUGCAUGCUAACAUGGAGGUCCUAGACAAGCGGCUGGACACUCGUGUAGAUGAUAUGCUGUCUGCAGGACUGAUAGAGGAGCUUAGAGACUUCCAUAUUCGAUACAAUCAGCAGAAAAUCCAGGACCACAGUCAAGACUAUCAACAUGGGAUUUUCCAGUCGAUCGGUUUUAAGGAGUUUCACGACUACCUGACUGCUCCUGAAAGCUGCACCCAGCAGGAGAAAGACUCACUACGACACAAAGGUAUAGAAGCUUUGAAGAUUGCUACAAGGCGCUACGCCCGCAAACAGAAUAAAUGGGUCCGCAACCGUUUCCUUAGACGACCAGGAGACAACGUCCCUGCAGUGUAUGGCCUGGAUGUGACGGAUGUGUCGCGGUGGGAGGAGACGGUGCUGGACCCUGCACUGCAGAUACUGGACAGUCUCAGUAAGCAUGCAAAGCCAGCUAUUGCACCAAUCAGAGUGCAGGGGGUAGAGCAGAGAAACAAACGGAGCCGCCACACCUGUGAUCUGUGUGACAAAGUGAUCAUUGGUGACCUGGAGUGGACAGCUCAUCUGAAAUCCAAGAAGCAUCACCAUCAUGUGAGGAAAAAGAGGAAGUCCGAUCCAUCCUGUGACCAGUCGCAGAGUACCAGCUCGCCGUCUGACUCUGUAGGAGAGACGCUCUCAAAGGACUCUUGUGAUACUGUUGCCCCGGGCUGCGGGGAACACACCUCUCAGGUCUCUUCUGGGACAACACACGAGGAAGUACCAGUGACACUUUAAAAAGCUGCUCUGACUCUGGUCCACAUCCAUUUUCACUCAGGUCUCCACCAUUGCUGCGCGCUAACGAAUGGAUGUUCACUCCCAGCCCUUACAUGAUUAAGACUUUGUUUCCGUAAGGUCGAGGGGAAUGAUUAAUUCCUGAAUGUUGGAGAGAAAAACACCUGCAAAAUACUCUCAUUCAUAGACGCUCAUGCCUUCAUUUUUUUUCAGUAGCAAUGCAGACUGAUGAGCAUAAAGUACAUGUUUGAUGCCAUGUGCAGGCAAAGAAUAAAAAAAUUUAAUAAUUAUUUUUUUUUACCACUGCCUGAAAAUGUAAAGUUUUAGAGUGAGGUUUAUUUUUUAAGAAUGUGUUGAUAUGGACUUUCCUCAUUUAUCAGCAUUUCAGAACAGAUUGUUAAUAUUAAGCUCAGUCGCCUUUAUUUUGAAUGAACCCCCAAAGUUUUCUAAGCUCACGGGUGAAAGUUGUGGGCUGCUCGACUAUCUCAAAUAUAAUAAUGCCAAUUAUUUUGGU